CUGGCGGAGCUGCAGGACAAGGCCACCUCGGCAGAGACGAAGGUUCUGGAGAUGGGGACGACGCUGGAGGGGCUGCAGUGGGACAGCGCCAAACUGCGCAAGAGGGAGGGGCGGCUGGACCGGCACCUGGCCGAGGCCCUGGAGCAGCUGACCUCGGGCUCGUACGGAUCCGGGAGUUCCGGAGGAUUCCAGGGAGGACAAAUCACCCUGAGCAUGCAGAAGUUUGAGAUGCUGAACGCGGAGCUGGAGGGGAACCAGGAGUUGGCCAAUUCCCGCAUGGCCGAGCUGGAGAAGCUGCAGUUGGAGCUGCAGGCGGCCGUCAGGGGCCAGGAGAGGCUCAAGGUGGCGCUGCGCUCCCUGCCCGAGGAGGCCGUCAAGGAGGCGCUGGAGUACAAGGUGCUGCAGUCCCAGUUCUCGCUGCUCUACCACGAGAGCCUGCAGGUGAAGACGCAGCUGGACGAGGCGCGGGCGCUGCUGCUGGCCACCAAGAACAGCCACCUGCGGCACAUCGAGCACAUGGAGAGCGACGAGCUGGGGGUGCAGAAGCGGCUGCGGACGGAGGUGAUCCAGCUGGAGGACACCCUGGCCCAGGUGCGCAAGGAGUACGAGAUGCUGCGGAUCGAGUUCGAGCAGAACCUGGCGGCCAACGAGCAGGCGGGCCCCAUCAACCGCGAGAUGCGGCACCUGAUCAGCUCCCUGCAGAACCACAACCACCAGCUCAAGGGCGACGUGCAGCGCUACAAGCGCAAACUGCGCGAGGUGCAGGCCGAGAUCAACAAGCUCCGCCUCCAAGCCAGCGGCGCCCCUCCCCCACCCACCCCUGCCCCGCCCCCACCCCCUCCCCCCUCCUCCUCCUCCUCCUCAGGCCCCGCCCCCUCCUCAAGCACCGCCCCUCCCACUGAAGAAACCCCGCCCCCUUCCACCGCCCAAGUCCCGCCCCCUCCGGAUGACAAAGAAGGCGUGGCCUCUUCAGGCCCCGCCCCCUCCUCCAGCUCCUCCCAGGACCCGCCCCCUCCCAAAUCCGCCCCUCCCCCUCCCAAAGAGGAAGAGGAGGAGCCUCCUGGCCCCGCCCCCACUCCAAGCCCCGCCCCUUCACAGCCUCCUCAAGCCCCACCCCCUCCACGCCCAUUGGCCCCGCCCCCUCCCAGGCCCCGCCCUGAACGCGGGGUUGGGGGCGGGGCCAGGGGGGAGGGGCGGGACCGGCCCAAGGGGGGCCCUGAGGAGGGGAAGAAAAAAGACUCGGAGGUGCUGAAGCAGCUGAGGGCGGAGCUUAAGAAGGCACAGGAGAACCAGAAGGAGAUGAAGCUGCUGCUGGACAUGUACAAAUCGGCGCCCAAGGAGCAGCGGGACAAGGUGACGCUGAUGGCGGCCGAGAGGAAGAGCAAGGCCGAGCUGGAGGAGCUGCGGUGCCGCUGGCGGGAGCUGGAGGAGCGCGAGCGCCGCGAGUCCAAGAAGUUGGCGGACGAGGAGGCGCUGAGGAGGCUGAGGAUGAGCGAGGAGCAGAUCGAGCACCUGCAGAGGAGGCUGGCGGCCACCAAGCAGGAGGAGGAGGCGCUGCUGUCGGAGAUGGACGUGACGGGCCAGGCCUUCGAGGACAUGCAGGAGCAGAACCUGCGGCUGCUGCAGCAGCUGCGCGAGAAGGACGACGCCAACUUCAAGCUGAUGUCGGAGCGCAUCAAGGCCAACCAGAUCCACAAACUGCUGCGCGAGGAGAAGGACGAGCUGGCCGAGCAGGUGCUGGCCCUCAAGGCACAGGUGGAGGCGCAGCUGCAGGUGGUGCAGAAGCUGGAGGAGAAGGAGCGGGGCCUGCAGAGCGCCCUGGGCGCGGUGGAGAAGGAGCUGAGCCUGCGCUCGCAGGCCCUCGAGCUGCACAAGAGGAAGGCGGUGGAGGCGGCCCAGCUGGCGGAGGACCUGCGCGCGCAGGGCGAGCACGUGCAGGCGCGGCUCCGCGAGCUCCAGGUGUGCGCGGCCGAGAACCGGGCGGCCAAGGACAAGGAGUCGCUGAGCCUCAAGAGAGCCCAGGAGGAGCUGUCGCGGCUGCGCCGGAAGCUGGAGAAGCAGCGCAAGGUCGAGGUUUACGCCGACGCCGACCAGAUCCUGCAGGAGGAGAUCAAGGAGUACCGGGCGCGGCUGACGUGUCCGUGCUGCAACGCGCGCAAGAAGGACGCGGUGCUGACCAAGUGCUUCCACGUCUUCUGCUUCGAGUGCGUCAAGAGCCGCUACGACACGCGCCAGAGGAAGUGCCCGAAAUGCAACGCGGCCUUCGGCGCCCACGACUUCCACCGCGUCUACAUCAGCUGAGACGGCGGCCUCUGGGGCGGGCGUGGUCAUCAGUGACCAUCCGUGGUCAUCCAGUGUCCAUAAUUUGGUGAUCUACAACCAGUUAUGGUCAUCCAAUGUCCAUCUUUUGGUGAUUACAGCCACCAAUGACCAUCCGUGGUCAUGCAGUGUCCAUCUCUUGGUGAUCUGUGACCACUUGUGGUCAUCCAAUGUCCAGCCUUGGUGACCAAUGACCGCCAAUGACCACGCGUGGUCACCCAGUGUCCAUAAUUUGGUGGUUUAUGACCAUUUAUGGUCAUCCUUGGUGACCAAUGACCACCAAUGACCACUCGUGGUCAUCCAGUGUCCAUCCCUGGUGGGCAAUGACCACCCAUGGUCAUCCAGUUUCCAUCUUUAGUGAUCUGUGACCAUUCAUGGUCAUCCAAUGUCCAUCCUUGGUGGCCAAUGACCACCCAUGGUCACUAAUGUUUAUCUUUGGUGACCGUGACCACCAAUGACCACCCAUGGUCACCAACGUCCAUCUCUUGGUGACCUGUGACCAUCCAUGGUCAUCCAGUGUCCAUCUUUUGGUGAUUACGGCCACCAAUGACCAUCCAUGGUCACCAGUGUUCAUCUCUUGGUGACCUGUGACCAUCCAUGGUCAUCCAAUGUCCAUGUUUUGGUGACCAAUGACCACCAAUGACCAUCCAUGGUCAUCCAGUGUCCAUCCUUUAUGGCCAGUGACCACCCAUGGUCAUCCAGUGUCCAUCCCUGUUGGGUCUGGCUACCAAUGACCAUUCAUGGUCAUCCAAUGUCCAUCCUUGGUGACAAUAACCACCCAUGGUCACUCAUUGUUUAUCCUUGUUGACCACAAUUUCCACCGCGUCUACAUCAGCUGAGAUGGCGCCGUCUGGGGUGGGCGUGGCCACCAGUGACCAUCCGUGGUCAUCCAAUGUUCAUCCCUUGGUGAUUGAUGACCAUUUAUGGUCAUCCGAUGUUCAUCCCUUGGUGACCCACCACAAGGGUAAUGGUCAUUCCUGGUGGCCACUGGUCAUUUGUGGUCAUUUAUGGUUAUCUGUGGCCAUUUAUGGUUAUUCUUGGUGACCAUGGCCACCAAUGACCAUCCA